AUGCAGAGAAACCAAAGUAUAAUCACAGAGUUCAUUCUUCUGGGAUUUGGGGAGCUACAGCAGCAGCAGAUCUUCCUGUUCCUGGUGUUUUUCGUGAUCUACAUCUUGACCAUGGCUGCCAACAUCCUCACCACUCUUCUGAUUGUGACUGCUCGUUACCUGCAUACACCAAUGUACUUCUUCCUGGGAAAUUUGUCUUGUUUGGAGAUCUUAUAUAGCUCAACACUCUUGCCCAAGAUGCUGGCCAAUCUCCUGACAGGGGACAAAUCCAUCUCUCUGAAAGGUUGCAUGACACAAUUGUAUUUUUUUGCAUUCCUAGGCAGCACUGAAUGCUAUCUCCUCUCUGUCAUGUCUUAUGACCGCUUCUUAGCCAUAUGCAGACCCUUGCAUUAUAGAACUCGUAUGAAAAAUGGGCUCUGCAUCCAGUUAGCUGUUGGCUCUUGGAUUAAUGGCAUUGUGUUUACCUCUAUAUAUUUGUCUUUGAUCUUACAACUUUCAUACUGUGGUCCUAAUGAAAUUGAUCAUUUCUUCUGUGAGUCACUCCCAUUAAUAAGUCUCUCCUGCAGUGAUACCAGGCUUGUGAGAUAUGCCAGUAUAAUCCUAGGUUUUGGAUUUACUUUACCCCCAUUCGCUUUGAACCUCUUGUUUUACAUGUAUAUCAUUGCUGCCAUCAAGAGAAUCCCUUCCAACACUGGGAGGCAAAAGGCCUUUUCCACUUGCUCUUCUCAUCUGAUUGUCGUCUCUGUAUUCUACGGGGGAUUACUCAUUGCAUGCUUUAUACCAAAAACUGAAGAAACAAAAACCCCUAACAAAAUCUUAUCUCUGUUGUACACAGUCCUGCCCCCUUUAUUCAACCCCUUUGUAUACAGCCUGAGAAACAAGGAUGUCAAAGAAGGCCUGAAAAAGCUCCUGGGAAGAUUUUUUUUAAAAAAAGAAUAA